GAGAUUGGCUGCGCAGCCCCUGACACUAACCCCUUCUCUCACACUUCGGGAAACUUUUUUUUUAAAGAGUUUUCAAUCUCAUUUACGGCGCAAAAGUAUCUCUCUCACACACCACAAGUACCCAGUAGCAGCCGGGACAUCUUCCCUCUUGCUCCCCUCCGGCGCCGGGACAGCCUACUCUGGGAUACUCUGCCGUCCGGACCUACAUGGCUCUUGCUUGUUUUUUUUUGCCUCUGCUCCCUUUUUAUUUUUUGACUUGUGAUACUUGAGCAUAUAUCGGUUAGGAGAAGGAGUAGGAGUUUCUUUCACUUUAAUCUCGACAGCGGCACUGGAGGUCGAUGCGAGGCUAAUGAACACGCUCAGGGGAACCAAACUUUUUCACUCGCGAUAAGUGUCUCCGGGACGAGUUCUGGAGACACGGUGUAGUUCCGCUCAAACGCGCGCUUUGAAACAAAUUAACAAAUAACCUUAAGUCGCUUCGCUAGCUUGUUUCUGUUUUUCUUUUUAUUGCGUCUAUAAAGUGUGGAUAUGGCUUGGAUCCGCUGGGACCUUGUGUUUUCUAUAGGUUUAUUCAUUUCCCCGGCAUGUGUGUCUAUGGACCAGCCUCGCAACGGCUUCAGGAAACUUUACGUGGUACCGGGCGGUACUGGUGCUGGGGACGCCGUUCAUCUGCGCUCCGGGGCUGCGGGACAGGGGCACGCGCAGCCGGUCCCCCAUCGGCCCUUUAACGUGGAGCUCUCCGCCAGCUACGGCGGGCAAGUCCGGACCCGCAGGAUGGGGAACCAGAACCACCCAGUCCCGAUACCGAUCCAGCAGCAGCAGCAGGACGCCCGGUACACGCAGCAUCAACAGGUCAUCCGGCACAGCAGCAGCAGCAGCAGCAGCAGCUCACACAGCAGCGUUCAACAGAACCACCACAUGAAGAUGUCCGGGGUGAACCAGUGUGGAACUCAGUGCUGUCAUGGCUGGAGCAAGACUCAGGGCUCCCAGAGAUGUACCAAACCCAACUGCAUCCCACAGUGCCAGAAUGGAGGAAUGUGCCUGAGGCCCCAGCUUUGUAUCUGCAAGCCAGGAUCCAAGGGUAAGGCCUGUGAACAGAAGACCCCAUCCACCUCCACCUUCCCUGGCCUGCCUGGGAAUGGACACAAUGGUGGACAUACCAACGGACACACGGGCGGACACACCGGUGGACACAACGUGGUACCUCAGCGGCCCAUACCCCAGCAGGCGUCCCCGCAAGCCUAUGGCCACGCCCCCCCGCCGCUUAGCAACGUGGCCCAGAUGAGGUUGAGCCAAAUGGUGCGACCGCAGUACAUGCAGCAACAGAUCCGGCCCAUUCCCCUACAUCCGGUCCACAACCAGCAGUACGUGAUGAAGCCCAAGUACUACCAUGUGCACAGCCCCCACACCCAGAGCCACGGCCAGCCCCAGCCCGACCACGCCAUCCCCCUGUUGGCAGGCCACAACGGCCUCCUCGUGAGCAACCACACGGGGCGCAUCAAGGUGGUGUUCACGCCCACUAUCUGCAAGGUGACCUGCAUGGGCGGCCGCUGUCACAACAACUGCGAGAUGGGGAACACCACCACCAUCAUCAGCGAGAACGGACACGCUACCGACACGCUGACUGCACCCAACUUCAGAGUAGUGGUGUGCCACCUCCCCUGUAUAAACGGAGGUAAGUGCAGUGCCAGGAAUAAGUGCCAGUGCCCGCCCAACUUCACCGGAAAGUUCUGCCAGGUGGCGGUUCAGGGCGGACAGCACCAGCAGAGCGGCGGCUAUGGCCAGACCCACGUGCACGCCACGCACACGCUCCCCCUGACCUACAGCAACGGGCAGAACUCCGUGAAGUUCGGCCAGGGCAUCGUCAACAUCCACGUGAAGCACCCUCCCGAGGCCUCGGUCCAGAUCCACCAGGUGUCCCAGUUGGACACCCUGGACCAGGCCUCCCCCCAGGCCGGCUCCUCCUCCAGCUUCACCUACCACCACGUGGAGAGCAGCCAGAAGGUCCGGCACCACGGACAUAGCGUGGCCUACCCGUCCCGGCAUGGCUACCAGGUGCCGCAAGGCUACCAGCCCGUCACCUCCAAGAGCCAGCUGGGACGCUGCUUCCAGGAGACCCAGGCCAGCCAGUGUGGGAAGGCUCUGCCAGGCCUCAGUAAGCAGGACGAGUGCUGUGGCUCUGUGGGGACGUCCUGGGGCUUCAACAAGUGCCAGCAGUGUCCCAAUAAACCAUCCAUUCCUCCAAUGGACUGUCCUGCUGGAUACAAGCGCAUCAACAUCUCUCACUGCCAAGACGUGAACGAGUGUCAGCUCCAGGGGGUGUGUCCUAAUGGGGAGUGUCUGAACACGGUGGGCAGCUACCGGUGUCGCUGUAAAGCGGGCUUCAUCCCCGACCCCUCACUCGCCACCUGCAUACCCUACACAGCCGUCCAGGAGGAGAAAGGGGCAUGCUACCGCUUGGUCACCACUGGGAAGCAGUGUUUGCACCCGGUCUCGGCCCAGCUGAGCAAACAGCUGUGCUGCUGCAGCGUGGGAAAGGCCUGGGGUCCGCGCUGUGACCCCUGCCCCCUCCCCGGAACAGCCAAGUUCAAAGACAUAUGUCCCGGUGGGAUGGGCUACACUGUACUGCCCAAGCCGCCCGUCAACAAACCCAUCAUCACCUACCAGGAACCUGUGGUCACGCCCCGGCCACGCCCACUGCCCACGCCCGAGAAACCAGUGGAAGCCUUCGGGGAACCAGACAAGCCAAUACCAGUAGCUACACCUACAGAUGAUCAGAAGCUGCUAACCGGGGUUAGUGAUAGGACAUUAGUUGACCCCAUCCAACCUCAGCUCUCGCCUGGUGUGUUCACUGUCAAGAUGGAGACUGCCUACCCAGAGGUGUAUGAGAGGAGUUCUCCCCCUGCCCCGGUGGAGCUGCUGCCCUCCAACGCAGGACAGGACAUCGCUCCUACGCAGUCAGCAGAGGUGAACGAGUGCAUGGUGAGCCCUCGUAUCUGCGGCAAGGGCAUCUGCUACAACCUGGUGGAAGGCUACACCUGCCACUGCGACGAGGGCCACCGCCUGGACACCACCCGCACCACCUGCGUAGAUAUAGAUGAGUGCGUGGAGAAUCCCUCUCUGUGCUCCAGGGGGCGCUGUAGGAACACACCUGGCAGCUUCCUGUGUGUCUGCCAAUCAGGCUUCACCACCGACGAGGAGGGCACUGCUUGCAUCGACUUGGACGAGUGCCAGACGCCCAGCCUGUGUCCGGACGGGGAGACCUGCUUCAACACCCAAGGGUCCUUCUUCUGCCGGGGCUGUGAGCGAGGGUUCAGACUCACCUCCACUGGAGCCUGUACAGAUAUUGACGAGUGUGUGAACCGGACAAUCUGUCCGUCGGGGAUCUGCUUCAACAUGCAGGGAUCCUACAGGUGUGGCACCUGCCCGCCAGGCCUCCACGGCCGGGGGGGGCAGUGCGAGGAUAUCAACGAGUGUCUGGACCACCGGACAUGCUCCAACGGUGUCUGUACCAACUCUGAGGGUUCCUUCUCCUGCUCCUGCUUCGAGGGCUUCCAGAGCCUCCAGGGGAAAUCCUGCCAAGAUGUGGAUGAGUGCCAGGACGAGAGGGUGUGCACCAGGGGUCAUUGCCGGAACACCCAGGGCUCCUUCAUCUGUAGCUGUGACGCCGGCUUCACAACCUCACCCACUGGGGACAACUGUGAUGAUGUGGAUGAGUGUGUGGAGCAGGAGGGAGUGUGUGAGGGCGUGGGCAGGUGUGUGAACGACGUGGGCUCCUACCACUGCUCCUGUCCCUUGGGAUACCAGCAGAUGAACUCCACCAGCUGUCUGGAUGUGAACGAGUGUGUGGACGAGCCAGACCUGUGCGCCCCCAACGGUGUGUGUGCGAACACGGAGGGAUCGUACCAGUGUGUGUGUGACAUUGGCUUCGAGCUGAACCCCAACACAGACACAUGCGAUGACGUGGACGAGUGUGCUGCUCUAGAGUCCCCCUGCGGUCCCCACGGCUUCUGUGAGAACAUGGAGGGCCGCUACAGGUGUGCCUGUGACCAGGGCUACCAGGAGGUCCAGGACGGCCGCUACUGUGAAGAUGUGAACGAGUGUGAGCUGCUCAGCGCUGUGUGCGGAGAGGCGCUCUGCGAGAACGUCGAGGGAAGCUUCCUCUGCACGUGUCCCGACGGACACGAGUACAACACCAUGAACGCCACGUGCAGCCCACUGGCCACAGAGCCCGCGGUGGAGCGCAAGGAGUGCUACUACCGCCUGAACGAUGAGAACCUGUGUGAGAGCGUGCUGACCAGUCACGUGACCCUCGAGGAGUGCUGCUGCACGCUGGGGGCCGGCUGGGGGGACAACUGUGAGGUCCACCCCUGUCCCGUCAACGGAACCGACCAGUUUAACCAUCUGUGCCCGUCGGGGCGAGGGGUCAUUCCACAUGGGGAGCCGGUGUUCGGAGAGCCCACAGCAGACCGCUAUAGAGACGCUGACGAGUGUGCGCUGUUCGGCCCGGAGGUGUGUAAGGGGGGCUUCUGCCUGGACACAGUGGGCAGCUACGAGUGUUACUGCCAGACGGGACAGGACUACGACCUGGCCAAGCUGGAGUGCAGAGACAUCAAUGAGUGUGAGGAUGACUCGGUGUGUGUGGACGGGGAGUGUCUGAACACAGAUGGUACCUACAUGUGUUUCUGCACACACCCCAUGGUGCUGGACCCCCAUGGCAACCACUGUGUCUUCCCCCCGGACGUGGCUGAGCACCGUGAUGCUAAGCAGAUCGACUACCAGGGCAUCUGCUGGCAGGAAGUGACAUCAUCCAUGACUUGCACGCGGCCCCUGAGCUCCACAGGCCCCUCCCCCACCAGGAGGACCACCUACACGGAGUGCUGCUGCCUGUACGGCGACGCCUGGGGCAUGGACUGUGCCCUCUGCCCCCCCAAGAACACAGAGGACUACGCCUCCAUGUGUAACCUCCCCCUCAGCGGCGGGCGCCGGCCGUACGGGCGCGACGCCCUGGUGUCGGGACCCGUGCACUCCUACGAGCCCCGGCCGGAGGAGGAGGAGGCUUCGCGGGAGGACUACCCCUCCUCGCGGCUCUACUACGCUCCCCAGCCCAACCAGGACCAGGCCCUGGUGCCCAUGUACCACAGCGAGGAUGAGGAGGACCCCUACGAUGCGUUUGAGGGCCUUCGUGCGGAGGAGUGUGGGAUCCUGAACGGCUGUGAGAACGGCCGCUGCGUGCGCGUGCAGGAGGGCUACACCUGCGACUGCUUCGACGGCUACACCCUGGACAUGUCACGCAUGGCCUGCAUUGAUGUGAACGAGUGCUCGGAGCUCAACCGCCGCAUGUCUCUGUGCAAAAACGCCAAGUGUAUCAACACCCCGGGGUCCUACAGAUGUGUGUGUCUGCCGGGCUUCUCUCCCUCCGAGCGGCCGAACUACUGUGUGGCACGAGGCGCCAAAGACCCCGCGGUCGCCAUGGCAACGGUCACAUCAACGGCCACGCCAACGGCCGCGUUAAGCAGAGACCGGCAAUGAGCGUAAAUGGACACAAGGGGGCGACUAAUACAAAGCAAAAAAACAAUAAACAGUACCGCCGGCAAACACACGUAUACACACACACACACACACACACACACACACACACACACACACACACACACACACACACACACACACACACACACACACACACACACACACACACACACACACACACACACACACACACACACACACACAGAAGCAACUCCAAUACACACACUUAUUUAAUCAAAGCCCAUAUAAUCUGCACUGUAUAAAAUACACACUAAAUGAAAUAAACAGCAAAGAAAUUUAUUUUACUUGAGAUGAAGAUUCACCUUAACCUUCUAUGUGGGGGUGCCUUUGUCGGGAGAAAUAUGCAGCAUUGUAUAAAAUGUAUGUGUUCUUGUUUUGCUGUUGUUAUUGUUUUCUGUGCCUUAAGUUUAUUUUUUAUCUUGUUGUAGAAGGAACUUUAUGUGCGUGUUAAAAGUGUGUUUGUUUGUGUGUUUAUGCUCUUGGAUGGUAGGGUGGGAGGGAGGGAGGGGGGAUAGGCGUUUUGCUCUUUUUUAAACGCAUCGACAAACCCUAUGGACUCACUGGGGGAUUACAAUAUAUUUUCUUCCCAGUAAAAAUAAUUAUAUUAAUAAUAAUAAUGUGUGGAUAUUUAAUUACAUGAGGCAGGUGCUUAAGCCCUCCUCUCCCCCACCUGUUUGUCGUCACGUUAAUAUUUUAUAGUUUAUUUUAAAUGGAGGCCCGCUUUUUUUUCACACUGUGGCAUCAGCGUUAUCUUUUGACGUUUUACGGAAACUAAAGGCCUGCAUUCUUUGGAAAAUAAACACUUUUUAGGGAAGGACUUUUAUUUUGAAAUUGCCAUGUAAAUGGACAAAGUGAGAAAAACACAACAGCUUUGUGUCCAGGCCAUUCGACGAUGACAUGUUUUAUAUUUGGUUGUUUAUUAUUAUCUUUCUUUCUUACUACCACACCUCUUCUGGUCUUUCCCUUCUUUGUUGACCUCUUUUUAUCAGUUUGUUUUCCCGCCUCUCCUGUGGAGCUGUAAGGUACCUGCUGUGUUUCCUUGCUGGUUUUUUAGGGGCUUGUUUUUCUGGGAAUCACUCAUCUUGUUUCUACGUUGUACUGCACAGUCUUGUUUCUAUGUUUCUACGUUGUACUUCAAAGUCUUGUUUCUACGUUGUACUGCAAAGUCUUGCCAGGUUGCAAAGCUGCUAUUGGGGCCAGCGGUGGGAGAGAGAAACUAUUGUACAUUUAAACAGAAUGGGCCUCAUUCCCCAGCGGCCAUCUUUGUUCAAUCUUGGCUCCAAACGCUAGCUGGGCCGGGAAACUGAAUGCAGAAUUCCACAUUCAUUUCCCCCAACCAGCUAGCAUGCAGAGUCAAGAUGGCUGCUAGGCGAUUAAGGCCCAAGGUGUGAUAGAGAAAACAGAAUUUGUAAUUUGUUCAUAAAUAAAUGGCUCUUGUAUGAUUAUUCAAAUAUUACAAUGUAUAUUAAACCUCUUGAAUAAUAAAUCACCAACACGUGAUAUUUAUAAUGACUUCUAUUCAGUCAUAGUCUUUGUUAUUUCAAAUGUCUUCCUAGCAUGCCACCUUCAAUACAAAAUUUGUAUCGAAUGCAGCAUAUUUAAUGUGUUUCAAUCAUGUCUAUUUUUAAUAAAUCCAUGCUAUGUUUAUAAUACUUUAAACCAUCUGAACAAUGUAUUGAAUCAACCAAUCAAUCUGUUUUGAAAUUGUUGCCUCUUUGUAGUCAAUCCAAUUUUAGUAAAUAUAAAUAUUAAAGAGAAUAGGCCUUCUGCCAAUUUAUGCGUUUCAAUGAGCCUUAAGCCAGUCGUUCCCAACCUUUUAUGGGCCCGAGAUCCCAUUGGUUGUGCCUGUGCUUCCACAUGCAUUGAUUUAACCCAAACAACAUCUGCCCAUAAUAUGAAUGAUUAUGUCUCACUGAAGGUAAGCAUCAAAAUAAGUGAGGAGUAGCUUGUUGUUAGCUGGGAAUCAUAAGCCUAUAUACAGGACCUUUAUGAUUGCUUUCAAUUAUUUUUUGAAUAAAAAAUGUA